AUGGAUAAAUAUCAUUUAUAUAAUAAUGUAGAAUGUAAUAUUAAUGAGGAUAUAAUAAUAUAUCCUACAUUUGAAUCAAUGUAGUUAAGGAAAGAACUAAUAGAAGGUUAUUUAUUUAUUCUAAAUACAGGAAUUUAUGCCUAUGGUUAUACAAUACCUUCAGUAGUUCAACAAAGAGCAAUAGUUCCAAUAAUAAAAGGAAGAAAUGUUGUAUUAAAGAGUUUAAGGAGUACAAGUAAAACAACAGUUAUUGCAUUAUCAGUAUUAUAAAUUAUUGAUUUAUCAGCCAAGUAGAAGUGUUUUAUAAUUAUUCUUAGUGAAACUUAGGUUUUAAUUUUGUCUAAAACAAAAGAAAAGACAGAAUAAAUUGCGAAAAUUCUCAUAGCUUUGGGCGAUUUUCUUAACAUUUCAAAUUACAAAUCAUGUUUUGGUGUAAAUUCUAUAUAGGAUAACAUCAAUAUUCUAUAGAAUAUAUAGAAUGGAGUAUAAAUGAUAUCGAGUUCUAUUGAUCAAGUUUUUAAAUAUUAAAGAAACAUAUUAACUUUUAGCCAUUUAAAAAUGAUAAUUUUUGAAUUAAGCUGA